UGUUCAACCAACCAAUAUCUUUGGUUAUAUUAAUUUUAUGUAAAAAAAAGUGCCCCACCAUUUGAGUUAUGUUACACUUGGCCAUCCUUUAUGUCCCAUUUAAUACUCGGUAGGUAUAGAGUGUUGUUAUUCGUGUCAAUGAUAUUUUUCUUUCAGCCAACUACAAAAGGGCAGUUUAGCCCAUUCAGAUCUAGUUCAUUUUUUCAUCAUUAUGACAUCACCUUUACGAGCGAUGUUGGUGUCAAUUUAAUCCAGGAUUUUGGUCUUGAACACCAUAAUCUCGAGUUCCAAUAGGAACUCAAUUUCAGCUAGAAAUUGUGACAGUCAUUGACCUUCAUUAAAUCAUUUCCAAUUGGAUUGACCACUCAGGAUUACAAGAACAAAAGAAGUAGGGGCUCAAAGUCUAGAGGGCCUCUGCUAAUUUAAUUUGUACAUCAUCUUAACUUCAUCGAGAGUGGAAUCAAAGAGAAGAGAGAAUGCUAGAGUACAUCAUUUGUUUCAGAGGGUAAUUACUGGUCUGCAGGGAAAAGGGUCUAUCACGAUUUACAGGGGUAUUUACGUCUUUCUUGGUGUAAACAACUAAAAUUUCUUAGUCAAGGUUGUCUUUGGCAGUGGUUUUAAAUCUAAGUUGGCUUCCAUUAAAGCAUUUAGAAUUCUAGAGGGUAGGCGCCACCCAAUGUUUGACAAAUGAAUAGUUUAGUUUACUGGCCCAUAGAGUUCCCAAAAUGGAUGCAUGAGAUCAAGCAAGCUGCAACUUGAGUUGGAAUGGUCAAAGUAGGUAGGAAGCUGUAGAAGAGACAUAAUCUUUUGCUUUUGCUUGAAAUAUUGUUUUGUCUUUCUCCUCCUUUGGGAACUCAAAUCUUAAUCAAAUAAACAAAUUAAAGCUAAAAAAUACCGUGAACUUAGAAGGGAAAUGAUGAUACCAACUCUAUUGAAAUUUAUUCCUAACCGCUUCUUCCCAUUUGAGUACCUUUCUUCUCUUCCAUUCCAUGCCAUCCCUCGUUGCUUCCUUCUCAAAUGGAUCUACAGAACCUGUUAAAGUUUAGGACAGUUCUCUGUAUUAUUACCAUCUUUCUCACCACCCUAGCAACUGAAACCCUGUCAGCGGACUCGCACUUUGAGGCUUGUAUGCCUCGAAGCUGCGGUAAUGGUCCCAAUAUAAGCUACCCUUUUUGGAUUUCUGAAGAACAGGAAUCCUAUUGCGGUUACCCAAACUUCGAGAUCACUUGCGAAGAGAAGAACCCGGUACUGGCGAUUUCUGAGGAUAGUUUCAUCAUCAAAGACAUUUUUUACAACAACAAUUCAUUGCUCGUGGUCACUGCCGCUGUUAGUGAAGAUGAUUGUCCAACUCCUAGACAAAAUCUUAGCCUUGACCGAACUGCGUUUAGUCUUAACCUUGUUAAUGUCAACCUAUCCUUUUUAUAUAAUUGUGAGAAGCGACCAGAGUACCACACAUAUCCAGUAAGUUGUGCAAGCAAUGCCUCCUUCCAUUCCUUUGCUGUUUUCCACAAAGAAGGCUUGGAGAAGACGAACUAUUCGUUAGAUUCAUGCCAGUCUUUGAUUGAUGCCCCAGUGUACAUAAACGAUGAUGUUGAUUUCGCUAGUUUGUUAGAAAUGAAUUACACUCAAGUUCUGAGCAUGGGUUUCGUUUUGAACUGGACUGCACAUAGUUGCAGCAAUUGUAAGAGAAGUGGUGGGCGCUGUGGUUUCGAUAAUACUAGUGAAUUCGUUUGUUUUUGCUCGGAUGGAUCUCAUCCCAAGACCUGCAAUGACGGCGGGGGUAUUAACUGGAAAGCAAAGCUGGGCAUCGGUUUUGGUGCUUUGGUUGGAGGCAUAAUCAUCACGAGCAUUGGCUUCUUCUGCUGGCAGCGCCGCCACCGAGGAAAGGUGUUCUUUAAAUCUUCUUUUGUAUCCGGCAAGAGCUCUUCUGACCGCAGUGUCAUGAUGGAUGCUGAGAAGGGUGACAGCUUGGCUGGCGUCCAUCUCUUCAGCUAUGAGGAACUUGAAAAAGCUACCAACAAAUUUGAUUCUGAUAGGGAACUUGGUGAUGGAGGCUUUGGAACUGUAUAUUAUGGCAAACUUCGAGAUGGCCGUGCUGUUGCAGUUAAACGCUUAUAUGAAAACAAUUACAGGAGAGUUGAGCAAUUCAUGAAUGAAGUUGAGAUCCUAACUCGCUUGCGCCACAAAAAUCUUGUCUCACUUUAUGGGUGCACCUCGCGCCACAGUAGGGAACUCUUGCUUGUAUAUGAAUAUAUUCCCAAUGGCACUGUUGCUGAUCACCUUCAUGGUGAACGUGCUAAACCCGGUGCACUCCCUUGGUCCAUUCGUUUAGAGAUAGCCAUAGAGACUGCAGAAGCAUUGAGAUUUCUGCAUGCUUCCGAUACUAUCCACCGUGAUGUGAAAACCAACAAUAUACUCCUCGACAGCAAUUUUAGUGUUAAGGUUGCAGAUUUUGGACUGUCUCGUCUCUUUCCAACAGAUGUUACCCAUGUUUCCACAGCACCACAGGGAACUCCGGGUUAUGUCGAUCCAGAAUAUCACCAGUGCUAUCACCUUACUGACAAGAGUGAUGUCUUUAGCUUUGGGGUUGUAUUGGUUGAGCUAAUAUCAUCCAUGCCAGCUGUUGACAUCACAAGGCACCGGCAUGAGAUCAACUUGUCGAAUAUGGCUAUCAAUAGGAUUCAAAACCGAGCUUUGCAUGAGCUAGUAGAUCCAUCUCUUGGGUUUGAAUCAGACUACAAAGUUAGGAAAAUGAUAACUGGAGUCGCGGAGGUGGCAUUCCAGUGCCUGCAAAAUGAGAAAGACAUGAGGCCGACUAUGGAAGAAGUGCUAGAGGCUCUAAUGGGCAUACAGAAUGAGGACUACAACAAAGAAAAGGCAGAAGACAUGGAUAUUUCUGCAGACGAGGUUGGGUUGUUGAAGAGCGGACCACUGCCUUUAUCUCCAGAUUCUGUGAUGAUAAAAUGGAUUAGCGGCAGCUCUACAACACCUAGUAUAAGUAACUGAUUUCUCUAAAAUUUCCUGGCAUAUAGCAAAGAGAUUGUUUAACUGCUACCAUCAAUUGUUUAACUGCUACCAUCAAUCCAUCCUAUAUUAAGAAGUUAUGGGUGACUGUAAUUUUUUUUCCAUCUGUGCCUAGACCUUCGAUGGCGAAUGGGAUGUAAAUAUUAUCUAGGAUAAGUUUUGCACGAAAAGGUCAGCUUUGGCACUUAAAAUUUUCAGCUGAUUCAUGCUUUUCGAUCUAUUAAUCAGUUGCAUAAGUAAGUAUUAAUUGUUUAAUUCAUUAUUUCAUUUGUAAUUUGGCAGGGUGUAGUGUAAGAGAGGAAUCUAUUCUUUAGUUUAUUAGUCU